UUAUACUAUUGGAGAUUUACUGGAUGUUGUUCAAAUGAGUGAAGCAGAAUUACAGAAAGCUCUCAAGCGCAUGCCUGUGAUAAUUUUAAAUGGAUAUGUGCGGAUGUUGUCGGCAGAAUUCCUUGAUCGUCUUGUAACCGUGUUCGUGGAUUGCUUGGAUGACGAUGAAGAACCAGGCAUUAUUCUCGAUUCUGUUGGACCGGAAUGUUUGAAAGAAGCUUUGAAAAAGCAUCUGCCGGACAAAAAUAUUCCUGUUGAAGCAAUUAAUUGGCUAAUUGAAACAUACUGCGAUGUUAUUAAUGAAAAUGGGAUAGAGACGUAUCAUAUCAACGAAAAAGCAAUUUGUCGGACAAAGAUUUCACAACUCCUUCGUGCAGCUGUGAAAUUUGAUUAUGAUAAUUUCGAAAAAACUCUGCAACAAAUUUUGCCAAUUGGUGUUGAGUUCAAGGAGGAAUAUCUAGAAGGGCUUGCAUUCAUUGAUGAUGAACUGGCAACUGGAAAAACUAUUCGUUAUUUGAACGUUGAAGAUUUGCCGGAAGAACCGGUUAAAAGAUUGGAAUUACUGUUUUCCCUUCGACAAUCAUGGGAAGAAUCGACUAUACAGCAAUAUUUGAGUGAUCUGUGUCCCACAAAACGACAUUUAAAUGAACUUUUAAUCAACUGUUGCCGACAGGCAACUACCGUAAAUGGUGAAAAGGUGCUAGUCGGCUUAAAAGAAAUGUUGUUGUAA